AUGACAUUGGAGCAAUACAGGCUCCUUCACCAUUGGACAGUCUAUAUCGCCCCGCUGCUUUGCAUAUCGCCCUCCUCUCAGACCAACUCAUUUCAGAUGUACCUGACUCCAAUGGCGCUCUGCGACCCCAACAGUCCGCUACGGCACGCCGUGCUGUCAAUUGCAGCUAGCCACCUUGCAACCUCAGAUUCCCAUUUGGAGUCAGGGCAAAACCUUGCCCUAGCUGCGCAGGGUCAUCGCUUAGCUGCAAUCGCGUCUCUGAGAAAGAGAUUGGGCGAGGAUCCCAGUACUACCGCGAACAAUGACAUUCUACUUGCGUCUAUCUUGCUACUUGAAAUGAGCAAGCAAUUCGACAACAAUGGCCAGAACCAAGAAGGCGACGUCAAUCAUCUGCUCGGAGCGACAGAACUAAUCCGGACUCGAGGCGGACUGCGAUAUCUGACAUCUCCGUGCGGACGCUUUCUCCUGACUCAGAUCCUUUACUAUGAUCUACUCUCUGCAGUCGCCAAAGGUAGUGAGCCCUUGAUUUGCCACUCUGGGCUGAACGAGACCGAGACGGUUCCGUUGCUGCUGGAUCUGGAGUCGUCGCGGGGGUAUCACGCGACGAUCCUGCAAGCUGUGGCCCGGAUUAGCGAGCUGAAGAAAAUGAAAGACGCGGGUUGUGCUCCGGCAACCCUGAUGGUACUUGGUCAAAAGGUAAAAAGUGACCUGGAGUCUAUGGACAUCCAUGGGCUUCCUUCAGAUCGGGCUCGUACAACAGAAGCCCACCGAUCGGCCGCAUUCAUCUACCUCCAUAGAGUUGUCUACGAUAUCGGAGCUCCGCAUGCGCUUACAUUGUAUCAUGUGCGGAGGUGUAUUGACUCACUUGCUGCUGUACCAAUAUCAUCACCCCUGGUUUCUGCACAUGUUUGGCCUUUGUUCACCGCUGGGUGUGAGGCAACCGAGCCAAGGGACCGCGAGUUCGUCAAGCAGCGGCUGAUGAAUAUGCACGCGAUGCGAAGGAUACAGUCUAUUCGCAAAGUGUGGGAGCUGAUGGAGCACGUCUGGCUUAGUAAAGACUUCACACACUGCGUGGAAGGCGCAGAGCAAAUGAGUCGGCUUGGUUGCAUUGAAGUCGUUAAGGAGAUGGGAGAAAUGCUGCAUCUAGCCUAG